GUGUGUUGGAUUUCCUGGACGCUGCUUCCUGCUUCGACCUGUUGUGCUCACAGAGACACACGGACUACACCGAGCGGAGGGAGACGAAGCAGCAAGUUGCCUCCAUGUCAACAGAGUCUGCAGAGUAAACAGCUGGUACACCCAGCCAUGCUCGAGGACAAGGGUCACCGUGUGACCGACUACUUUGUGGUGGCCGGGCUGACCGACAAGUCCAAGCCCUUGGAGCAGGACCUGUCCGAGGCGAAGUCCAGCGGGCCCAAAGCUCCCAUCACAGACCUGGCCGUCAUCAACAGGUCGGCAGGAGAGACGGUGCCUGAGGGCUUCACGUGCAUCGACAGCACCUACAGCGGCCAGCCGGCCAACCUGAACCAUGGCAGCCUUAAGAGCCCCGAGCUGUUCCUGUGCUACAGGAGGGGUCGGGGGAAGCCGCCCCUUAUCGACAUCGGGGUUCUUUAUGAGGGCAAGGAGCGUCUGAUCCAGGGCUGCGAGGUCAUCCAGGCCACACCAUAUGGCCGCUGCGCCAACGUCAACAACAGCUCGGCCACCUCGCAGCGCAUCUUCAUCACCCUCCGUCGAGCGCCGCCCGUCCAGCCUCAGAAUUCCCUGGCAGUGACGGACAUUUGCGUCAUUGUCAGCAGCAAAGGGGAGACGCCGCCCCAUACCUUCUGCAAAGUGGACAAGAACCUCAACUGUGGCAUGUGGGGCUCAAAUGUGUUCCUGUGUUACAAGAAAUCAGUAUCUGCGUCCAAUUCCAUCAGUUACAAAGCUGGUCUAAUCUUUCGUUACCCAGAAGAGGACUACGAGUCUUUCCCUCUGUCCGAGUCAGUCCCUUUGUUUUGUUUGCCUAUGGGCGCCAAUAUCGAGUGUUGGGCACCAAACACACGCAACCCUCUGCCUGUCUUCUCCACGUUUGUCUUAACCAUCUCAUCUGGUGAAAAGGUGUACGGAUCAGCCAUCCAGUUCUACGAGCCGCAUUCCGUGGAUCUGUUGACUGAGAAACAGAAGAUCCAGCUGGGCCUGAUCACCACCGUGGAGAAGAAGGUGAUCCCGAACCGGCAUGUAAACACCAAUAAGUGCAUCUGUCUGCUCUCCCGUUGGCCCUUCUUCGAGUCCUUCCGCAAGUUCCUCAUGUUCCUCUACAAACUAUCUGUCUCGGGCCCGCACCCGCUGCCUAUUGAAAAGCACAUCUCACACUUCAUGCACAAUGUGUCAUUUCCUUCCCCUCAGAGGCCAAGAAUCUUGGUCCAGCUCUCGGCACAUGACAACUUGAUCCUCUCCCAGCCCGUGUGCACACCUUUACCCCUCAGUGGGGCCGACUACGGCACGCUCCUGAUGAACCUGGGCGCGGAGAACUGCGCCACGCUUCUGCACUUUGUCCUCCUUGAGAGCAAGAUCCUGCUGCACUCGCUCCGGCCCGCUGUGCUCACCGGAGUGGCCGAGUCUGUUGUGGCUAUGAUCUUUCCCUUCCAGUGGCAGUGUCCCUACAUCCCCCUAUGCCCGCUCUCUCUAGCUGGUGUCCUCAACGCUCCUUGUCCGUUCAUAGUGGGUGUGGACUCGCGCUACUUUGACCUUUAUGACCCCCCGCCAGAUGUUGUCUGUGUGGACCUGGACACCAACACUAUCUACCUGUCUGAUGAGAAGAAACACAACAACUGGAAGAAUCUCCCAAAAAAGCCUGGCAAGAGCCUCAUUAACUCACUGGGCAACUUGCACCACCAGCUGGCCACCGUUUCCGUGUGUCAAACGGUUGAGGAGGACUCGGCAGUGGUUAUAACCCCCAUUGAGGCGGACUUCACCUGGCACAAAAAGAAGACGGCCCUGGAGAUGGAGAUCCAAGAGACCUUCCUGCGCUUCAUGGCCUCCAUCCUGAAGGGCUACCGCUCCUACCUCAAACCCAUCACCCAGGCACCGUCUGUAAAGGCCACAGCUGCCGACUCGCUCUAUGACCUACAAGGUUUUCUAAAAAGCAGAGACCGUGCCCAUCAGAAGUUCUACUCCCAGCUCACCAAGACCCAGAUAUUCAUCCGCUUCAUCGAGGAGUGCACCUUCGUCAGCGACAAGGACACUGGAUUGGCUUUUUUUGACGAUUGCGUGGAGAAGCUUUUUCCCUCUGAUAAAAUCACCGACAAGGGCACCAAGGUUGAAGGCGAGUCAUCGGAGGACACAAGACUUCUGGAGCUGGAUGAAUCUCAGAAGAGUGAGCACACCGUGUUUGUGAUGCCCGCCGAACCUUCAACCGACGAUGGGACUGGCCCCGCCCCUCGUUACACGUACAAAAGUUUCCCCAGAUUGAAGAUGGAUCUGUUUGACCGUCCCAGAGGGUUACGUCCAGCACUGAGCACAAGUGCAGCGGGGGCCAGUUUGUCCAGCAGCCCUGCUCUACUGGCAAAGAGGACGAAGCAGGAGAUCAAGCUCGCUUACAAGAUGGCGAAACGUUUCUACUCCAACCCUGCGCUAUGGGCCCGCUGUCUCUUCAGUCACUGCUAUAGCCUGUGGUUCAUCUGCCUGCCGGCAGGAGUGCGGCUGGCCAAGUCCAAGAGCCGCGCCAUGCAGCAGGCGUACAACGUCCUCCUGAAGAUGAGGACCACUGAGGUGGAGGUGCUGGAUGAGGUGUGUUACAGAGUAGUGAUGCAGCUCUGUGGUGUGUGGGGUCUUCCUGUUAUGGCUGUGCGAGUCCUGGUUGAGAUGAAGAAAGCUGGUGUGCAUCCCAACGCCAUCACAUAUGGAUACUACAACAAGGCUGUCUUGGAAAGCCCCUGGCCAAGCCGAAACCGCAGCGGCCUGUUUAUGUGGACUAAGCUUCGCAAUGUGGUUCGAGGAGUGGCCCAGUUUAAGCAAGUUCUGGGCACAACGACUUCCAUGAAGGGACCCCCACUUAGUGGCACAGCUGCAUCAAAAGGAGCAACAGCAGACGCUGACGUUGACGGUUUGAGUCAUGGUAGUGCUGACAGCUCAAAUGGUGUCAAUGGGGAGGAACAUAACCUAUUUGCCCACAGCCAUGGCAUGGACGAUGCAACAGUAAACCACUGUAUUACAGGGAGGCAAUCUGAUCAAGGCUACGGCUCCAAGGAUGAGCUGCACCAGGAGCUGGCAGACCCGUCACAUGCAGCCGUCCCCUCGUCCGAACAGAAUAAAAAUUCCAAAGUACAACUCAACGGGGGCGACAUCGCCGGCUCAGUGGACAGUGCAGUCGCAGUAUCAGAACCCCCAAGUCCUGUUGAAGUGCCCUCAUCUGUCCCGAGCAUUGUAAAGCCGUCUACAGGGAACUAUGAUGGUGAAGCAGUUACAGGGAAGCUGUUCAGGAGACACAGCAAGACCAGUAAAGUGUCUCUCCAUGAUGACGACGCCCCUCUGGCAUCAGGGGACGUGGCCAGCCAGUCGCAACCACAGCGGCAGAAAUCCUUCUCUGAGCGCAGCUGUAGCUUCAGUGCUGAAAGCCGUGCUGGAAUGCUCCUAGAGAAAGGCGUGGACCACAUGGCCAGCCAGAUGGGCGCCGAUGCUCGCAUCCUGGCUGCAGCACUCUGUGCCGGCCAAACUCCAUCUCCCAGCAGUGUGUCCAAAGCUCUUUUUAAAGAUCUGGAGGAGGAACCUGAAGACGAUCAGGGCUUGAUACUUGGGAAGCUACCAGCGGAAGACGAGCCAGGAGCAUCAGAAACAGGGAAGGAAAAUGACAGAGAUGUGGAAGGGAGUGAGGAACAAAUCGAAAAAGAAGAAAUAAAGCAAACGGAAGCACAUGAAGAUGAAUCUGGGGUACGAGGAGCAACUCUGGAGAGGGCAGACGUGAAGGUGGGUGCUGACCCACUUUCCCUCCUGGUAUCAGAGAGUGAAGAGUCGGCCUCUGUCACCAGCCAGGAGCCGCCGCGCUCGGUGCCAGCGGUGGUGUCCCGCAACCUGGCUGAGGAGAUCGAAAUGUACAUGAGCCUGAGGAGUCCUCUGGGUCCCAAGUCCUCCAGCAUGGAACUCCAGCCGUCCCAGGGAGACUCCACUGACCCCCCUCAGCCCCAAAACACCAUGGAGCGCAGGUCCAGCCUUCCCGUGCCUCCUGUCAAUACUCCGAGUGGCUCUCCGGGCGACACACCCAAGCGCAGCCCCAACACUGUCACUCGCUCCAAGACAUUCGUCGCGAAGACAAAAACCUAUAACCGCACCACGGCCAGCCCGAGUAAUAGGUCGUCCUCACUGACAGCACUAGUCAAGUCCUCGCAGGGAGGGUCUCUGGGCUCAGUCAUAAACUCUAUCUCAGGCAUCAAGAUGGACACUCUGUUGUCAGGCCCUAAAAUUGAUGUGCUAAAGUCUAGCAUGAAGCAGGCGGCAAAUGUAGCCAGCAAAGUGUGGGGGGCAGUGGCAUCAGCUUACUCCUACUCAGAUGAUGAGGAUGAACACGCUCAGGGUGGUGGCGGUGGCUUCCCAUCAAAUCUGGAUGAGCACACGUUGUCUGCACAUGAUAUCGAUGAGAGUCCUGACAGAGGGAUCAUCCCAGGUUUGGUGGCCAACGGUUUGAACCAGAGCUGCACCAGCCUAGGCAGCAGCAGUGGCAGCAGCGACACAGGCAGAGGGACCCACCAGACGCAUCCAACCCCAGGACGAGCAGGGAGGGGUCCCGACUCUGAGCAAAGCUCCUUACAUCACGCUUCCUCCUCAAGCAUCUACCAAAACUGUGCAUUGGAGGUGCUGAUGUCGAGCUGCUCCCAGUGCCGCUCCUGUGAGGCUCUGGUGUAUGAUGAGGAGAUCAUGGCAGGCUGGACAGCCGAUGACUCCAACCUCAAUACCAACUGUUAUUUCUGUCAAGCAGCCUUCCUUCCCUUUUUGCACGUCGAGUUUCAUGACUUGCGCACGUCAACCGGGUUCUAUAUGAAUCCCAGUGCCUCAGGAGACAGUAUCCACAGCGCCCAUCCCACAGCCAGCAGUUCAGCUGACAUUAAGACACAAGACCUUAUCAGUUUCCCUGAGGAGGAACCUAAAGAGACAACAGAUGAUCGACCCGGAGCUCAUAGUCUGAUUCCGGAGCCGGUGCAGUCUGACCCCCUGGGUCUACUGGAGCACCACCAUGAAGGGAAGCAGCGGAGAUGCAGCGGGACGUCACUGACGCGCAGCAACAGUGUUGGAGGACCGCUGCAGGGCCUGGACUACUCCCAGAGACCUGGUCCCGGUGUAUCUACAACCAGCUUGCCCUGCAGCCUGCAAGAGGCGUCGGAUGGCAUGGGGACCAAACGGCCCAACCCCAAGCACGUGUCUGUGCCGUACCUCAGCCCCUUGGUGCUGCGUAAGGAGCUGGAGACCCUGAUGGAGAAUGAGGGGGAUGAGGUGAUCUACACCCACAAGUUCCUGAGCCAGCACCCCAUCAUCUUCUGGAACCUGGUGUGGUAUUUCCGCCGCUUGGACCUGCCCACUCACUUACCCGGUCUAAUUCUGACCUCCGAACACUGCAACAACGGAGUACAGCUCCCUCUGACGUCACUGUCCCAGGACAGUAAGCAGGUGUUCGUCCAGCUCCUGUGGGACAACAUCAACCUGCACAAGGAACCCAGAGAGCCCCUCUACCGGCUGUGGAGGACCUUGUUGGAGAAGAAGGGGACACUGGCUCCGACUGACCACCACGAGAUCCGCACCCUCCUCAACACAAUUGUUCGCAGCAUCCAGACCAAUGACGUCUACGGACCAAUCAACCUGUUGCUCCGAGAGAUCAGGGAGUGCCCGGAGGGAACCAAACGGCAAAGGAGUAUCUAUAGAGAAAUACUGUUUCUGUCCCUGGUGUCGUUGGGACGGGAGAACAUCGAUGUAGAGGCCUUCGACAGGGAGUACCGCUCUGCUUUCGACGAGCUGAGCCCCGAGCAGCUCAAGUCGUUGCACCGCAUCGAUCAGCCGCCCACCCCCAGCGUUCAGUGGUGUCUCAAAAGCUUCGGAGCCCCGUUCAUCUGACGGGCCGACGUGAGCAGCAAAGAUGAAAAUAUCGGCGGGGAGGAUCGGUUGGCGGCGCGGAAAAUAAUUUGUAAUUUCACACCUUCAAUUGUCCAAACAUGGUACUUCUUCUUCCCUCUGUCUUGGCAGAUGCCUCCUGUCUGCUUAUUAAGCUUGUCGUGGCUUUUCUAAUCAGAUGCUGUAUAGAAUGAUGAAUCGCUGUACAGAAUGUAUUGACUGCCUCUGUGGUGUAGAUAUAUCUGCUGUGUGUGUGUGUGUCUGUGUGUGUGUGAGGGAGGGAGAGAGAGAGAGACAUCAUGGAGUCAAUUCUUUGUCUUGUAGCCUUUUCAACACUUUGCUUACAUUAGUUCAGUGCGAUUUCUCUGAGACUGUGUACAGACCCCGACUGUUCCUUUCUGCACUUUCUAACAAAAACAAACAAAAAAACACAAACAAAACAGUAGCUCAAGUCCGCCUGUCUCUUUGUACAUAUCUUUUUUUUUACUUGAGGGAAAUCUGACACCGGAGUUGCCUAUUAUUUUUUUUGCGACGUCUAAACUGUUUAAUCCAAGUCUUAUUGAAUGUUUAGUUGCAUAUGUACAGGUCGAAAUAUCCGUGUAAAUACGUGUCGGUAGCAGACGUGUCCGUGGGAGACGACUGUCGAGGACAAUCACUAAUUAAUCGUCGCUAAAAUCGAUACACAACAUUCCACAUUCCCUGUGAGCAAAACAGGUCUUCAAGAAGCAUGUAUCUCUUCAACCACGCCCAUGUGAUUAAUACCUGCUAUUUGGAGAGAAACCAUUCACAAUAAGAAACCAAAUCAGUCAUGAGUAAAAACGUGUGCCACACUACUGAUCCCCACACAUGCUCUCUUGUGUCAGUGUAUUUUUAAAAUCUUUUUAACAGUAACUCACUGUACUUGUCCAGCUUACACGCCUCCUUGUUGUUAUGAAUUAGAGUUGCAAUGUAAUAAUUACAUGUAUUCUUCACUGUAGCAUAAAGUACGUUUUUUUUUUUUUUAAUUAGGAAUAUUAACUGCUGACCGGAUGCUUUGAAUAUUUGUGGUAACUUUUUUGGGGCGUUCUGCACAGCUGACACGGCGUCAAGGAAGAAACGUGACAUUCCACUAAAUGCCGAAAGAGACGGAGAGAAAAUAAAAAGCUAAGUGCUGCGAUGGACUGUUGGGAAACGCCAGCAGAUGGUCCCACUGUAGAUUUGGGGAAUGGGACGAGGACUUGUACAGAUGUAACAUUUUCAAUUUGCACUGCAUCGAUGGAAACCUACGGGACGAGAUCUCCUCAGAAUAUAAACGAUAAACAAAGCAAAAAGCAAAUUCUCAAUUAUUUAUUUUUGUAUUGACAUUUGGAUUGCAGACAGUUUAGUAACUUAGCAUUUUUAAGACUAACAAUCCCCUCUUUCCCUUUGAAUCUGUCUUAAGGGCUUGAGGGCCCCCCCCCCCCUGUGCUGACUUUGUAAAUGUGUUCUCUUAGCAGAGGGUGUACAGAAAAAACUGUUCUUUAACAAUGAUAGAUUAAGUGAUCUCUUACCGUCCUGUGGAAAAGGAAUUGAAUGUCUAAACUUAAAUGCGCUGCAAUAAAUGAAUUUGUGAACUGAUUGAAA